UUUCAGUCUACAAAACCUAACGACGUGUCAAUUUGUCGACUCAUUUCUUGUGGUAAUCUCAGCAGUCAACACAUUCUGAAAAUCAAGCACAUAUUCGGUUUCAGUCUACAAAACCUAAUAGCGUGUCACUUUGUCGACGCAUUUCUUGUGGUAAUCUCAGCAGUCAACACAUUCUAAAAAUUCAAGCACAUAUUCGGUUUCAGUCUACAAAACCUAAUAGCGUGUCCCUUUGUCGACGCAUUUCUUGUGGUAAUCUCAGCAGUCAACACAUUCUAAAAAUUCAAGCACAUAUUCGGUUUCAGACAUGGUGCUGUUUCCUACAAUCAUUAUCACCUGUUUCAUUUUCUUUUCAUCUUAUGCUGACAAUCGACUCAAGUGUGACUGUACCCUGACGUAUGGUAGCAUAAAGUCACCAGGAAAGUCUUGCUUUGACAUUCUUAUGAAAAGAUCAGAAAGCUGUCUUCCCGAUGGCAUCUAUUGGAUAUCUCUAGAAAACACAAAUAGGAAAAAUGCAUUUCCAGUGUUUUGUGACAUGAAAUCCGGAGGCUAUACAAUGGCUUUCAAGGUUGUUUCGGGAGGCAACCAAUUAACAAGUAUUGGUAAAUUUUGGAAACAGACGUCACCUUCACAUGAAACAAGUUUAGAAGCUCUUAACAAAUUUAAAUCAUUUACGGGACUUUAUAAAAAUCGAAUUGUCAACCCAACUAAUUGGAACAAAGUAAAGCCUAGUGAGGUGCGUUUUGUGCUGUACAAAGAUGGCUUAGAACAACUGGUCUUAAAGUUCAAAAGUGAACAUUGCAGCUACAUGAACUGGUUUACAAAGCAGAACCUCGUGCAAUCACCAUGGCAUGAUAUAACAUCGUCUACAUUUAACUACUUUACAAUCGUAGGACCUUGCUGGAGUGGAAGAUGUCGUGAUUUUCAUAUAAAUCACUUCUAUGGAGGUUGUCCCAAGGAUGAUGGUUGGCUAAGCAUUGGAAACACUUUUCCAGGAUGCGCCUGGGAAAAAAGAUUUUCAGGAACAUCAUUCAUUUACAGCAAAAUUGGGCGGCAUCAGAAUUACAACGAAUACAGUUCGUUCUCUGGAGAUUCCGAUGUUUUGGCUAUUUUUGUGCGUUGAUUUCCUCAGGCAACCGAGAAGUCAUUUUUUGAGGAGUCCCUUUGUCUUUUGUUGUAUUGAGUUCGUUCAUGCCAGUUUAAGUAUUUGCAUGAUUUGAAUAUAACUUUAUGUAGUUAUCAUGAAAUAAAUGAUGUUUGAAGCAUA